UUGUAUUAAAAUCAUAUUAAAUAACGUUUCUUGUCUUUCUUUAAAUAAAUAAUAUUUGUUAAUGAAGUAAAUUAUUUUAUUAGCUUCUGAAAUAAAUGGAGAAAUACUAUAAAUUAAGUAUAAUGGGUGUAAAAAAUAGCUUAGUGUUAGGUUUCUUUUUCAUAUUAUUUUGGUGCAAUUACAGUGACUGUUCACUCUAUACAAAUUUCAAACAUUUUGAGACAUUACAUGCUUCAAGUUUUGUACAUAAUGUAGUAAAGCGAGGUGCCAAAAUGUCCAAUCAUCCAUUUAAUAUUAUUAAGGAGUUACAAUUCAAAACUCUUGGGAAACAGUUCAGGCUCAUUUUACACCCACAUACCACUGUGUUGCAUUCAAAUUUUAAGGCAUAUGAAGUUGAUCGUGAUGGUAAAGAAAGUACAAUUCAUGUUGAUAGAGAUAAUUUUUACACUGGUAGAGUGUUUGGUGAGAAAUCAUCAGAUGUUAAAUUACAUAUGGAGGAAGGUAUGAUUACUGGAGUUAUUCAUACAGCUGAUGAAACAUAUCACAUAGAGCCCUCCUGGCGUCACUUACCACAUCUAGGAGAUAAAACAAUGAUUACCUAUAGAGCAUCUGAUGUAAAUUACAGCUGGGCCAAUAAGGGUGAUAAUGAAAAAUCUCAAGUCUGUGGCUAUAUUAAAGAGGGAAAAGAACUGGAAGAGGGUGAUGAUGAUGAUGAUAAUGACAGUUUAGAGUUGAAACAAGAACAGUUUGAAAAGGACAAGUAUUUAAAUCAGUCUCAAAUCAUAGAUAAUACAGGCUCCCAGGCAGAAGUUAAACGGGUAAAGAGACAGAGUGAUUAUGAAUAUACUCCAACUAAAACCAGGUGUCCACUGCUUCUUGUGGCAGACUACAGAUUUUUUCAGGAAAUGGGAAGCAGUAAUACUAAAUCAACAAUUAGUUAUUUGAUUAGCCUUAUAGAUCGUGUCCACAAAAUAUACAAUGAUACUGUUUGGCAAGAUCGUCAGGAUAUGGAUGGUUUCAAAGGCAUGGGAUUCGUAAUAAAGAAGAUUUUGGUCCACUCCGAGCCAACACGCGUCCGCGGCGGGGAGGCGCAUUACAACAUGGUUCGUGAGAAAUGGGACGUACGGAACUUACUCGAGGUGUUCAGCAGGGAGUACUCUCACAAGGACUUCUGUUUAGCGCACUUGUUCACGGAUCUUAAAUUCGAAGGCGGUAUUCUAGGCCUGGCUUAUGUCGGCUCGCCGCGGCGUAAUUCCGUUGGUGGAAUAUGUACGCCUGAAUAUUUCAAGAACGGUUAUACAUUAUACUUGAAUUCUGGAUUGAGUUCUUCCCGCAAUCAUUAUGGACAACGCGUGAUCACCCGUGAAGCGGAUCUGGUCACGGCGCACGAGUUCGGUCACAACUGGGGCUCCGAACACGACCCGGACGUGGCGGAGUGCUCGCCCGCCGCCAGCCAGGGCGGCUCCUAUCUCAUGUACACCUAUAGCGUUAGCGGCUACGAUGUCAACAACAAGCGUUUCUCCCCAUGCAGUUUACGCUCUAUAAGGAAGGUUCUGCAGGCCAAGUCAGGCCGCUGCUUCUCCGAACCUGAAGAAAGUUUCUGCGGCAACCUGCGCGUUGAAGGCGGCGAAGAAUGCGACGCGGGAUUACUUGGCACAGAAGAUAAUGACAUGUGCUGUGAUAAAAACUGCAAGUUAAGGAAAAGUCAAGGAGCCGUUUGCAGCGACAAGAAUUCUCCGUGCUGUGCGGGGUGCGUGUUCGCACCGCCGGGGGUGGUGUGCCGCGAGGCCGCGCACUCGGCCUGCGAGGGCGAAGCCACCUGCAACGGAGCCUCCGCCGACUGCCCCAAGGCGCCGGCCAUCGCGGACGAGCACGAGUGCGCGGAGCGUGGCCGCUGCCGCAACGGGACCUGCAUGCCGUACUGCGAGACGCAGGGCAUGCACAGCUGCAUGUGCGACAUUGUUGCUGACGCAUGCAAGCGGUGUUGCCGUAAAAGCCUUAAUAAGACGUGUUUCCCAGUGGCCCACAAUGACAUAUUGCCCGAUGGGACGCCAUGUAUUCAAGGAUUUUGUAAUAAGGGAGUAUGCGAGAAAACCAUUCAGGAUGUGGUCGAGCGGUUUUGGGAUAUAAUUGAGGACAUAAAUAUAAACAAUGUUUUGGGAUUCCUUCGGGAUAAUAUAGUAGGCGUUGUGGUGCUUGGUACUAUCUUUGUCUGGAUACCCGCCAGUUGUAUUAUAAGCUAUGUCGAUAGACGCCGGCAACGCCACUAUCAAAAGUAUGUCGAAUGGGAGAAACAAAGAGAAUAUGUUCAUCCGUCUUCACCAAGAAAAAUAAUAACUACCAGGUUGCCGAAACAAAAGCCUCCCGGUAUGAAGACUGGCAUUCAGGGAACCAGUCAGCUGUUGAAUUAAUCUAGUCAUUUCAAAUUACAUGUUGUGCAUGUGGUAAUUUUUUAAACAAUAAAUUAUAAGAAUAACCUA